CUGAUACUGAUUAAGAUUUCCAACAAUGGAGCAGCAGUACAAAGCUAUCAGGCCGAGGCAUUAUUUAAUUUUAUCACGAUUCCACGCUCCGUAGUAGCUUGUCGGAUUGUCAUUUUUUACUAAUGAUUUGUAGACCACCUGGUCAGUUGUGCUAAGACGGCAGCUCGGAGCGUUUGCGUUAUGAAGUGUUUCGCGUUGGUCUGUUUGGUGCUGGCCGUUGGCCUUGCCAAUGGACAGAGAAAGUUUCCCGAUGAUUUCCUCUUCGGCGUUGGAACAUCUGCCUAUCAAAUUGAAGGCGCCUGGGAUGAAGAUGGUAAGGGCGAGUCCAUUUGGGAUCACUUGGUGCAUAAUCAUCCAGAAAAGAUUGCCGAUCAAACUAAUGGCGACGUAGCUUGCAAUAGUUAUCAUUUGUGGCAGCGCGAUGUUGAAAUGAUUAGUGAUCUGGGCGUCGAUAUCUACCGGUUUUCAUUUGCUUGGUCUCGUAUCAUGCCAACCGGAAUAAGCAAUGAAAUUAACCAAAAAGGUGUAGAUUACUACAACAACCUCAUCAAUGCUUUACUGGAAAAGAACAUCACUCCGUUUGUGGUUUUAUACCACUGGGAUUUGCCCCAAAGGCUUCAGGAGAUGGGUGGUUGGACUAACCGUGAAGUAAUUGCACAUUUUAAAGAGUACGCUAGGUUUGCUUUCAAAACAUUUGGCGAUCGUGUGAAAUCGUGGACGACUUUCAAUGAACCACUGCAAACCUGCCGACAAUCAUAUGAGUGGGAUGCAAUGGCUCCAGGAUAUGACUUCCCGGGAAUUCCGAGCUAUCUUUGCACGCAUAAUGUACUGCUUUCCCACGCCGAAGCUGUUGAAGUCUACCGACAAGAGUUCCAAUCAACUCAAGGUGGAAUGAUCGGUAUAACCAUUGAUGCGUCCUGGUCGGAGCCCAAUACUAAUUCGACGGACGAUUUGGAGGCAUCAGAUAUUAACAUGCGGUUUUUCCUCGGAUGGUACGCGAAUCCCAUAUUUUCCGCAGAAGGCAACUACCCGCAAGUGAUGAUUGAUCGCGUAGGGAACAACAGUGUCGCGCAAGGUUUCACAAAGUCACGUCUACCGGUUUUCACUCAGGAUGAAAUAAACAAGCUAAAGGGAUCUGCAGACUUUUUCGGUUACAAUACUUACACUACUGCAAGGGUGUAUAAAAUUGAUGACACUAAUUCGGUUGGCUUUCCUGAACCUUCGUUUGAUCAUGAUCGUGGCAUAAUCGAAUAUCAAGACCCUGAAUGGCCGGAAACUGGUUCGAAUUGGUUCCGAGUGUAUCCACAGGGAAUCUACAAAGCGUUAAAGUGGAUUAACAAGGAAUACAAUAAUCCACUAGUGUACGUAACCGAGAACGGUUACAGUGAUCUUGGUGGAACCCGUGACGAGGGUCGUGUUAACUACUUCAAGGAUUACAUGAGUGCAGUGCUGGAUGCCAUCGAAGAGGGAUGUAACGUCAAGGGAUAUGUUGCGUGGAGUUUGAUGGACAACUUCGAGUGGCGAGCGGGGCUAUCCGAGCGUUUCGGUUUGUACUUUGUGGACUACAACCAUCCGAAUCUGACUCGGGUUCAGAAAUCGUCGGCCAGAUUCUACGCCGAUGUAGCACGAACGCAUGUUAUUAAUAUGGAUUUGAUGCCAGAACCGGAGGAGUACACUUUAUAUGAUCCCGGUACUGGAUCGAUGAUUGUCCCUACUGUUUCGCUGAUUUUAACCAGCAUUGUAGCAAUGUUACGACAUAUGUUCUAGAUAAUUUUGUAAAUAAAUAGUUUCCAUUUAAGA